GGACAAAACGGGAACACACUCCUGGUGCGAGAGGAGACAGAAAACCGCCGCCAGGGUCUGCGUCCGAGAGCCACUACCGGAUCGCCGGAUCCCAUGGCCCCAGACCCAUAGUCCCGUGGCCGGAGAAAUCGAUACUUUCGCCCCUCCUGCCCCGUCGAGCAUCACCGCCGCCGUUUGUCCGGUUCACCUCUGUGAGGAGACCGUGCGUGACUUCCUGAUUUAGGGCUUAUACGGAGAUGAGCAACAGCGAUUCCAGUAAGCAAACAGGGGAAACGCAGCAAGAAGAGAGAAACAGGAAGAGGAAGGAUCCGGAUGGCGCCGCCACCAGCGUCACCAUGGAGCUAGAGGUCCUGGACUGCCCCAUCUGCUAUGGGCCCCUACAGCCUCCAAUUUUCCAGUGUGUUGUGGGACAUCUCAUAUGUUCAUCCUGCCGUGGCAAGCUCCAAAAACCAAAGAAAUGCCACCACUGCUCCUGUGAAAGUGGCUCCAACCGCUGCCACGGGGUUGAAAAAAUCAUUGAAUCUAUCCAAGUUCCUUGCUCCAACACCAGGUAUGGAUGCUCCAUGAAGACAAGCUACUAUGAAAGGGAAGAUCAUGAGACAAAAUGCCAGUAUGCACCAUGCUUCUGUCCUGACACUGGCUGCAGCUUCUCUGCAUCAACUGGUCUGCUUCAGGAACAUUUCACCACCGAGCACCACUGGCCGUCCACCAAGUGCAAGUAUGGCUGGUGCUUUUACGCCGACGUGAAGGAAGGGGUUCAUGUCAUCUCCAGCGAAGACGAACAACUGUUCCUUCUCAACAUUGCAUCAGAGCCGUUUGGCUGUGUCAUCUCAGUGUUCUGUGUGCAGCCUCAUGAUACUGAGCCGAAAUCCCGUUGUGCUGUGACCUUCAGCUUCUGGAAGAACAACUCGUACCACAGCCAGUCUUCAGAAUUCCAAGUGCCAAGCACGACACUUUCUGACGGUUUACCAAGGGAACAUUUCCUGUUCAUUUUGCCGAGGUUCUAUAUGGAGGAGGACAGCAGAAUCUGCAUCACUAUGAAGAAGGAUUCAGCAUUUCAACGUGAAGAAACUGACACCUCGGGCGCUGAUUGUUACUCGUCAUUCUUUUCGCUGGGCAAAAAGUGAUGAGUUAGUUACCACACUACUGCUGUGGCUACCGCUGCAUGAGCUGUGAGACUGAAACACAACACUCUGCAUAUGUAAAUGCUACUGCAGUGUAUAGCAGCAAGUACCCCUAUCAUCUACAGUUGCACUUGUGCAGAAUCAGUUUGGUACCAAGUUGUAGUGGUAAUUAUCAGUUUUUUUGUUGAGAUUAUGGUAAUUAUCAGUUCCACCUUGUUAAUUGCAUUCUGGGAAGAAUUAUGUGUAGAUGGGUUUUGAUGCA